GAAACGUACUGAAGUAUAACAAGUUAAAGUCAAAAACAACUUUUAUCCUUGUGCCCUUUCAAACCUGUGCGAGUUUCUUCAGAACACAAAAGAAGAUAUUUUGAAGAAUGUCAAUAGUCAAACAACACUGAACUCUACUCACUUCCAUUGACUGAACACAUUUCUCAAAAUAUCUUAGGAAGAUAUUUCUUCACGUGUCUCUACGGAGCUAAACCUGAACGCAUGCAUGAGGUAAAUUUCAGGGAAAUGUGAUCGCUGUCUCGUCAUUGGUUUUGCAUUCCAGACGUGUUAUGCGGAACCAUUUGUCACUCCAAGAAUCUGGUGAGAAGUUCACCAAAGUUAUUCUCUCCGUCGAAAACAGAUGGAAUUGGUUUCGUGCUCUUAAAAUCUCUAGCCGGAAACAUACGAGAGCAUCCCUGGACAGACGAAGAUCACGUUUUUACUGCAGGCCGUCCGUGAUGCAUCUGCUGCUGAGGAGGUUAAGCAGAUGGCGGCCGUGUUGUUGCGGCGGCUGCUGUCGUCAUCUUUCGAGGAGGUCUAUCCCAGCAUGACCCUCGACAUACAGACCGCUGUCAAGACAGAGCUGCUCGCUGGAAUCCAGUCUGAAACUUCCUCCAACAUCCGCAAGAAGAUCUCUGACAUCGCUGCCGAGCUCUCUCGCAAUCUCAUCGAUGAUGACGGGAACAAUCAGUGGCCGGAGAUCCUGAAGUUUCUCUUUGAUUCGGUGAACUCGCAGGACGUCUGCCAACGAGAAGCAGCGCUGCAUAUUUUCUGGAAUUUUCCAGGCAUCUUUGGUAACCAGCAGCAGCAUUAUCUGGAGGUCAUCAAACGCAUGUUAGUGCAGUGCAUGCAAGAUCAGGACAACCCACAGAUUCGAGCUCUGUCUGCACGCGCAGCGGCGUCCUUCAUUCUGUCCAAUGAGGGUAACACAGCCCUGUUAAAACACUUCUCAGAUCUUCUGCCCGGCAUUCUGCAGGCGGUCAAUGAAAGCUGUUACAGCGGUGAUGACUCUGUGCUGAAAUCAUUGGUGGAGAUAGCAGACACCGCCCCCAAAUACCUGAGACCCAAUCUGGAGGCCACGCUUCAGCUCAGCCUAAAGGUACGUCCAGACAUCUCAUGAUGUGAUUUCCUCGCGCUGUGCCUGGUGGUUCCUUGAGACGGCCCAUUCAUGCUGGACCUCGAGGUUGUGUUUGACAGGCGCACAUUGAUCUCUGCGAUUUCAUGCUUGGAAGUUGAUGUUUCUGUGCUCCUUCCACAGCCCGGUUGCAGAGACACGGUCUGCACAGGGCUCCAGACUGCGCCCAAAACGGUCGCAUCUGCGACCAAAAAUAUUCAUUUGCGAGUGAUAUUUUUGCAGAGAUCGUCACU